AUGGCUCGUACCCGCUGGCUGUGCCUCUCGCUGCUGCUCUAUGGAGCUUUGCGGGUGAGCCAGGUGACAUUCAUGGGCCCACAACCUGCCCAGCCAGCACGCACAGCGAUGGCUGCAACGAAGAGGAAGGGAGCAGCGAAGAAAGGAGGAGGAAAAUACCGAGGUGUGGUGAACCCAAGGCUUCGGAGCUUCAUCCAAUCAAACGAAUACCGAGAACUUCUGACCUUACUGAAGAACGUGAAUGACGAGGGCGUCCUCGAUGAUUUCUUGGCCAAGGCAGAGACUUACUGGAUGGACAUCAACAUUUUCCAGCUGGCCAUGGAGGAGCAGUCGGGUGGCGGUCGUGGUGUCGUGGCUACUGUGAAGAAGGAUUGGCCCAAGAUUUGGCCCCCCCAGCUGGAGAGCAAUCGCAUGUACGCCUUUGACUGCUUCGCCAAGUUCUGGGGGAGACUGGAGCGUUCCAAGCUCGUGGAUGAUGUCAUGUCCGAGGUCCUCCCCGACUUGGGUAAGGACUACAACGAGAAGCUCGAGAGCAAGGAUCAGCAAAAGCUCAUGAAGCUGUCCGAUGAUGAGCGUCGUGACGAAAUCAUGAAUCGUCUCGGAGGCUCACCAAUCGUGGCCCAGUAUGCUGGGCUGAGCAGGGAAGAUCCCGAGGUGAAAGCUAUUGGAUCCAAGAUGGCACCCUUCGUGGCAAAGUUUGUCUCUAUCCUGGAGCGAAAAGUGUCCACACAGACCGAGUCCCUUGGUCAAACUGUGGAUUUUGUCGUUGUCGGCGUCAUAGCAGUAGUGGUUGAGGACGAGCCGUAUGAAGCCACGGCUUCGAAGGAGCAGUUCGACGUUGUGGGCAACGAGGGUGAGCGGGAAUGGCCAAACACCAAUCCCACAGUCCACGGGACCAUAGAGAAGUACUUCCGGCCUGACCUUCCCCCGAAGUUUUGGCAUGGGGGCAAGGAGUGGCUUUCCUACGUCGAAGGCACGGGCACUCGCAAGCGCGCGUCGGCUCACGUGGUGCUCGUCCGGGGCACAGGGAUAUUUCGAGUCAACGGAGAGCAGGACAUGUACUCACGAUGGCCGCAGAUUUACAACCGGGUCGAUGUCUGCCAACCUUUCAAGCUGACCGGCACAGCAGGCCAGUACGAUGUCUUUGUGGAGACCCGUGGAGGUGGUUUGAGUGGGCAGGCCGGGGCCACGCGCCUUGCGAUCUCCCGAGCACUUUUUCAGGCCAACCCCAGUUGCCAUGAUGACCUACAGAAAGGUUUCUGUCUCCUGGAGGUGGAGCUCGGACACGUGUUGUAUGGGCGUUUGUGUCAGCUGAUAGAAUGA